CCCAGCCUUGGAGUUGGCCUCAGCAUCUUAGUCUGUCUGUAUGGCUCUCCACGCAACUUUGGAUUUAACAUAGAUAAAGUUUCAGGAUUCAACAAUGGAAGCUGGAGAAAAACAAGUCAGCAAACUGGCACCGAACCCUCAGUUAUUAGCCAAUGUACUGUCCAGGGCUACAGUCAGCUGGGCUAUCUCCGUGUUCAGGAAAGGAUCCAAGAAAGAGUUACAAGUAGAAGAUCUAUACGCUCCUCUCGAGGAACAUAGAUCAGGCAAACUAGGAGACAAACUUGGCAGAUCAUGGCAAAGAGAACUUGAUAUGUCGAGGCACAAAAGUAAAAAACCCAGCUUGGUCAGAGCUUUGACUAGAACAUUCGGACCGAGAAUGUUGCUUUUUGGGUUAAUCAUGGUGAUAGGGGAUGUCUUUUUGAGGAUAGCUCAGCCACUGUUACUGGCUCGUAUGCUACAACACUUCUCCCCCGGAGGCCAUGAAACCACCAGUCGUGAAGCUGCGUGUUGGUACGCGCUAGGAGUCGUCGUCUGCACAGCCAGUAGUGUCUUCAUCACCAAUCCCCUCUGGCUCGGGUUGUUGCACCUGGCGAUGAAAAUGAGAGUGGCUUGCUGCUCAAUUGUCUAUAGGAAGAGCCUGCGGCUCAGCAAGAUGUCACUGGGAAAGACGACAGUGGGACAGGUGGUAAACCUGAUGACCAACGAUGUUAACCGGUUUGACAUGGGAAUCAUUUUUGUUCACUACUUGUGGAUCGGACCUCUCACCACAUUGGUAGUGAUGUACUUCUUGUGGAUAGAGAUCGGAGUGGCUGCACUGGUCGGGGUGGGAGCACUGCUUGUGUCAAUUCCAGCGCAAAUGUGGCUUGGAAAGCAGAAGUCAGUUUACCGCUUGAGGACAGCCAAAAGAACGGACGAGAGAAUUUGUCUCAUGAGUGAAAUUAUAAAUGGAAUUUCAGUGAUUAAGAUGUACACAUGGGAAAAACCAUUUGAAAAACUUGUGGCUGAAGCUAGAAGACUUGAAAUAAAAGAGAUAAGAGGAAGCUCUUACAUAACAGGAGUAAUGUUGUCAUUCCUUCUCUUCAACAAUAGGCUGGCAAUCUUCUGUGCUAUAGUCACGUACGUUCUCAUGGGAAAUCUGAUCACAGCUUCCAUCGUUUAUGUAGUAACCUGUUACUUUACCCUAAUUCGCCAAAUGAUGUCAGAUUUUUUCCCACUUUCUAUCGGUUUGACUGCAGAAAUGGUUGUCAGCAUCAAAAGAAUUGAGAAAUUCAUGCUGUACGAUGAAAUUGAAGGAGAGAAAAUAGUCGAAAACGGAAAAGUAAACCUAUCUUAUAACGACUUGGAUGAGAAAGAAGUAAAACUUUCACCACCAGAAAUAAUAGAAUACAACGGCACCGACGCAGCUAAAGGUGGUGUUACGUUGACAAACAUUUCGGCAAAGUGGAGUGAAGAUAGUUCUGAAGAAACGCUUAGCUGUGUAAAUGUGAAUUUUCAACCAGCAACAUUAUCAGUGGUCAUUGGCCCAGUUGGAUCUGGAAAGUCUUCUCUGUUGCAAGUUGUACUCAAAGAGUUGCCAGUCUGCGCAGGAUCUGUACAAGUCCGAGGCUCUGUGUCUUACGCAGCACAGGAGCCAUGGCUGUUUGAUGGCAGUGUGCGUCAAAACAUCAUAUUUAGCAGCGAGUACGAUGAGAGUCGAUAUCAGGCGGUUAUAAAUGUUUGUGCCUUGCGUACAGACCUUUCUCAGCUGCCCCACAGCGAUCAGACUUUGGUAGGAGAUCGUGGCGUUGUGCUCAGUGGCGGCCAACGAGCCCGCAUCAACCUGGCCAGAGCAAUCUACAGAGAAGCAGAUGUUUAUUUACUGGAUGACCCACUAUCUGCAGUUGACACUCAUGUGGGAAAACAUCUGUUUGAGCAAUGCAUUUCAGGUUUCCUGAAAGGAAAGACAGUAAUUCUUGUCACUCAUCAGCUACAGUUCCUGGGAUCGGCCAAGCAUAUAGUGUUACUUAACAGUGGUAAAGUUGUUGUUCAAGGAACUUAUAAGGAGCUACGAUCCUCAGGUACCAACUUUAGCCGGAUGAUCACUGAUAGAGACGAAGUAGAGAAUUUAGCAGUUUCUAAUGAACAAACAACUAUAAAGGAUGACAGCCAAGGGCCAGAGAUGGUAGAGGAAAGUCACACUGAAGGUACUGUUUCCGGUAGAGUUUUCCGAACUUAUCUGACCGGUGGAGGUCACUGGACCUCUAUGGUACUUCUUCUCUUCAUGUUUUGCCUCACCCAGUUCGUCGGCAGUGCCGGAGACUACUGGCUCAACUAUUGGGUCAACCUAGAAGAGUAUGUGUACCACCGAGAAGCCAACGCCACUUCACUUGAGCCAGACUUCCCUGUCUACGUGUCGCAGCAAACCUGCAUCAUCGUGUUCACUGUCCUCAUUGCUGCCACUAUUGUCAUCUCUCUCACUCGCUCAUUCAUGUUUUUCUAUAUGUGUACACGGUCUUCCAUGUGGCUGCAUAAUCACAUGUUCGCCUCAGUGACCAGAGCUACAAUGAGGUUCUUUCACACCAAUCCUGCAGGUCGAAUUCUAAACAGGUUUACAAAAGACAUGGGGGCAGUUGAUGAGAUGUUACCCAGUUCACUCCUAGAUGUACUGCAGAUUGGACUGACGGUGGUUGGCAUUGUAGGAGUCCUGGCACUGGUCAACGUGUGGCUGUUGAUUCCUACGUUGGUGGUCGGUUAUGUCAGCUUUGUACUGAGAAACUACUACCUCAAGACAUCUCGCGGAUGCAAGAGAUUGGAAGGAAUCACCAGAAGCCCGGUGUUUUCUCACUUGAAUGCCUCUCUUCAAGGAUUAUCCACCAUUCGAGCGUUCAACGCUGAAUCCAUUUUGGCAGAAGAAUUUGACAAUCAUCAGGAUCUUCACUCUUCUGCUUUCUACCUGUUUACUGCUGUCUCCCGAGCUUUCGGUUUCUGGUUGGAUCUCGUCUGCUUUUUGUACAUAGCCACAGUGACGUUCAGCUUCCUGGUUAUUGACACUUCAUGGCUGGGGGGCAACGUAGGCCUAGCCGUUACCCAGACCGUGGGGAUCAUAGGGGUUGUGCAAUGGGGGAUGAAACAGUCUGCGGACGUGGAGAACUUCAUGACUUCUGUGGAGCGGAUCUUAGAGUACACUAGAGUGGAAAAAGAGCCUCCGUUGGACUCCCUGCCAGACAAAAUGCCUUCCCCUGAUUGGCCGACAGAAGGCAGGAUAGAGUUCAGCCAAGUAAACAUGGCUUACGACUCCUCCCUCCCACCAGUGCUUAAAGAUUUAUCAUUCACCAUCCAGCCUAAAGAGAAGGUAGGCAUUGUGGGCCGCACUGGUGCAGGCAAAUCAUCUCUGACAGCCGCGUUGUUCCGUCUCUCUCAGAUUGAAGGGAAGAUUUCCAUUGACAACAUUGAUGUGUCCGUCAUUGGCCUACAUGACCUGAGAGCCAAUCUGUCCAUAAUUCCGCAGGAACCAGUGUUGUUCUCGGGCACUGUCCGCAAGAAUCUUGACCCGUUUGAUGAAUACUCGGAUCAUACUCUAUGGAGUGCCUUAGAGGAAGUAGAGAUGAAAGAAGUGAUAGAAGACUUGUCGGAUGGACUAAACAGUAAGAUAUCAGAGGGAGGAUCGAACCUGAGUGUUGGACAACGCCAGCUGAUGUGUCUCGCUCGAGCAAUCGUCCGCAACAACCGGAUACUUGUCAUGGACGAAGCCACCGCCAACGUCGACCCUCAGACAGAUGCCCUGAUUCAGACCACCAUCAGGAGAAAGUUUGCCGACUGCACUGUGUUAACCAUCGCCCACCGGCUCAAUACAGUCAUGGACUCUGACAAAAUCUUGGUCAUGGACGGCGGCCAUCUUGUGGAGUUUGAUCAUCCACACAUCCUGCUAACCAAUAAGCACGGUUUCCUAUAUAAGAUGGUGGAUCAGCUGGGAAGAUCAGCUGCUGAAGGGUUACGCAAUAUCGCUGCUGUGAACUACAACCAACACAUAGUUCUGGGCCGCUCAAAAUCACGCUGACGACUUAGAAUCACCUUAUGACAAUCUGUACAGUAUUUUUAGAGGUUUGUUCGUGUAUGGAAACAAAUGUUAGAAAUAAUAUAUUUUUAUACAUUUUA